CGGGAGACACGAAUGGCUUGUCAAUGGCGACACCUAUGACGAUUGACGCGCGCGCGCGUUAAGUAGUUAAGCUAGCGGGCUGCUGCCUGGCCGCCACACGCGCGCCGCGUUCUUUCCGCCUUAACUUCAAUCCCGAUUUCCUUGCUUUUUAUAUUGGGCAUUUCGCUCUCUGAACUUUCCUCUGUCCCUACUCUCUCAAUCACCAGUCUCUUUCUUGCUCUCUGUGUUUCUACUAAUCCCUUUCCCUCGCCAUAUCUCCCACCCUUUCCGGGAAUGGCGCGCAAAGUCCUCAACAGCCGCACCAACUCCACGCUCACCUUCCCAGACCACAACGGCCAGCCCUACGUCGUAGUAGGCGGACGGCCCUCACAGUGCAUCUGCGGCAGCGCAACGUGCGUUCGUAAACUAGGGAUCCAGCUCUACCUACUCAAGAGCGAGGAAGAGACCACCACAGACGGAGCUGCCGAAGAAGCGGCGGCAGCAGCAGCAAAAGAGCAAACACAAACGCAAGAGCAAGAACAAGACUGGAAGCAAGCCGCUACCGCCAUCGGCGCCGCCUUCCUCUCCAGCGACGCCAUCGCCGGCUGGGGCAACGCGCGCAACCACUGGCCCCGCGUCGACGUGCACGGCCCCCAGCCGAGCAUUGCAGCUUGCAUCGCGCACCACAAGCGGGAGAAGGCCUGGCGAGCGGCGCAGCGCGCUUCCGCAAUCACAGCCGCACAGCAAGCCGGCAAAGAAGCGCGAGCGGCACAACGGCGCGCCUCGGGCACGGCCACAGACGAGGAAGAGGAAGAGGACGAGGCGCGGCGCAACCCUCUCCGCGGCGCGCACCCCCUGCCGCAUAUCCCGGCGACGUGGGUGGCGGGCGCGGCGGCCUGGCACCCCUGGCACAGCCGGCCGGGGCACCGGUACCGCAGCUUCGUGCUCGCGGUGCCGGCGGACGGUGAGCGCGGGGGGUGGAGCUGGGAGAGCGUGAGGGAGCGGACGGGGCUGUGGCUCGCGCAGUUUGAGCAGGAUGUUGCGGCUGCGAUGGAGACGGAGGAGGCUGAUGACGAGCAGGAGGACGGCUGGGUCAGCGUUUAUCGCGUUGAUUGGGGCCCAGCUGAGAAUGUGGAGAGGGUGUGUUUAAGGGAUGGUGUGCGCGCGAACGCGUGGGACGUGGCUGUCGAUGAGGUCAUGGGGAGCGUGGAGGCGCGGCGCGCGGGCUUGACGCCUGGGUGUCGCCGCUCGUGGGGGGAUGUCUGGAUUGAUGCGACGGGCGCAUUUUCGGAUUGCAUGUACAAGCCGUGUGUGUGCGAGCGGUGCGAUUGGGGGGAGGUGGGACACGCAGGGAAGUGCGAGUCUGAGCUAGAAGAGCACUUUUUCGGCGACGACGGCCAAUGCGUCGCUUGCCGCCAAGCGACCGAGUACCGUCGCCGCAGCAGACGCAUCCGGAAACGGGUGAAGAUGGAAGAGAAGGCCGUUGCUCUUGCUCUUGCUCUUGCUACCACCACCCCCACCACCACAACAGCCAACAACCAGAAACAAAACACGAAGCAGCCCUCAAGGCCCGAGCCGUACUGGCUCAGACUCAAAAAGGCGCGAGAAAAACUACUAGCAGAGCGAGCACAAGAACGAAAGCAGAAGAAGGCAGAGAAGAGAGGAAAGCAGAAGAGGAGGAGGACAGAUGGUAAGGCUGCUGUUGCCUCUACCAUCACCACCAGGGAGCCGGGGAAGAGCAGGAAGGCGAAGGAAGAGGGGGAGAGGCGGCGGAGGGGGCUGUGAGAGUGUGGUAUAUAUGCCAUGGAGUACAGUGCCUAGGUACGGUAUAUAACAUAACAUUACGCACUAUACACACUUAAUACAGCAUAGCACCUAUAGCCAGACA